UCUUAUAGACUGUUGAGUGCCUAGAAUAUGCUGGCACCAUGCAAAAAGGCACUCUGUAAACACUGUCACCCUCCUCAAAACCUUGAGAUUUUUCAUAUACAUCCUAUUCUCUCCAUUUGUGUAAAUCUGAGAGAUUUUGGAGGCAGAAAUACUUGCUGGCAGAUGAAUGGCAGAGCAAAUCCCAGAUCUAAACCUUAAGCCCAUGCUCUUGACCACUUCAUCUUUGAGUGUCUUAAUACGUAAAACAGUAUGUUCCUCUGCCUAACACUUUUCCUUUCCUGCCGCUGGACUGUACCCAGUAAUGUUAGAGCACUGUGUUUAAAGCAUCCCACUGACCACUAACCAAUGUGGCCAAGUAUUCACGUCACUUCUGCUAACGUUCAACAAAAUUACGGUGGCGGGCAGGUCACAGUGAUGCCCGAGUCCAGGAAGUGCGGGAAGGAGCCCUGCGCAAAGCAGAGAGCCUGCAGCUGGUGACCCUACCCAGGCCCCCGCCCUCUAUCCUGCAACCCCAAAUCGCUUUCGUGAACGGAAGGAGAGCAGCUGGCGGAUGUGGGUCCAGGGCAGAGGUUUUGCUGCGAAACCACGAGGACCUUGGAACGAGCCGAGCCGGCCCCGCCGCGGUGAUGGUGGCGUGUGUUUCCAGCCAUCUAAGAAAAACAGGAGACGGUGCUAAGACAUUCAUUAUCUUUCUUUGCCAUUUGCUCAGAGGACUUCACGCAGCCACAGACAAAGAAAAAGAUUCUUUGAUUUCCAAACAUAUUCACACUCACGGAAGGCAUUGGAAAACUUGUUGUCGGUGGAAAUUUAUUUCCCAAGCUCUUCUAACGUUUCAGACACAAGUAUUAGACCGUGUUGUGGACCAAUAUUUGAGUAGACACUUUCUGUCCAUCUUUUCUUCCUCCACUAAAGGGAGGAGGCUGUGUAGGAGCUCUUUCCAGUUGCUCUUAGAAGCAUACUUUGGUGGAAGAGUGGGAAGAAAUAAUCACAGCUUUAUUUCACAGUUGAUGUGCGACUACUUUUUCCAGUGUAUGGCUUGUGAAAGUGGGUGUGAAGAGGUAUCUGAGUUAGUGGAUGACUGUUUCGUAGAGCUGAACAUUGGUGUCACUGGCCUUCCUGUUUCAGAUUCCAGGAUCGUGGCUGGGCUUGUACUUCACAGAGACUUUUCUGUGUACUGUCCAGCAGAUGGUGACAUAAGAAUAGCGUUCGUAACGGAAACCAUUCAGCCUCUCUUCUCAACCUCUGGAUCAGAGUUCAUUCUAAAUUCAGAGGCACAGUUUCAGACCUCUCAAUUUUGGAUUAUGGAAAGGACAAAAGCAAUCAUGAAAAGCUUACAGAGUCAAAAUGUAAAAUUGCUCCUAUCUAGUGUGAAACAACCAGACUUAGUUAUUUAUUAUGCAGGGUUGAAUGGCAUAUCAGUGGUGGAAUGUUUAUCAUCGGAAGAAAUUUCUCUUAUUCAAAGGAUCAUUGGUCUUUCUCCCUUUGUACUGCCACAAGCCUCUUCGCAGUAUGAAAUCUCCAGCACUGCUUUGGUGAAAUUUUGUAAGCCCCUUAUCCUUAGAUCCAAAAGGUAUGUUCAUCUUGGCUUGAUUAGCACAUGUUCAUUUAUACCACACUGUAUGGUUCUUUGUGCACCAGUGCAGGGUCUUGUUGAACAACAUGAGGGUGCUUUACAUGGAGCGUUUAAAAUGCUUCGGCAGUUAUUUAAAGACCUUGAUCUGAGUUACACGACACAAACCAGUGGCCAAAAUUAUACAUCAAGUCCUCUUACUUAUAAGAGUAGGGAAAGUAAUCAGUUGCCAGAAAUUGUUAGUGGCUCAAUACAAAGGCCACCUCAGGGCACAGUUGAAAAGAACGAAGGUGAACUGGCAAAAACUCACACAUAUUUAAAAGUACAUUCAAAUUUGGUAGUUCCAAGUGUAGGAUUAGAAACAUGUAUUUCUUGUUCAACACCAAAAGUGAUACCAGCAGAUACACACCAGACAGAUGAAACACGGAGAUGUUUAUCUGCAAACAAAACCAGGAUAAUUGAUGAUCGUGAUUUGUUUAUUGAGAGUGAUCCUACUACUGAGUCAACAGCAGAAAACACUAGAGUAGAAGCUUCUUAUGAAAAUUUAUCGAUCACGAAAAUGGCUGGAAAGGGUCGUAUGUUACCAGUGAGGUGUAAGCCACUGGAGAUGGGUGCUUCCCAGAGCUACUCUUUUUCAUCUAUACCAGCAGGUUGUGUUUUGCCAGUGGGUGGUAAUUUUGAGAUCUUGUUACAUUACUAUCUUCUCAACUAUGUCAAAAAAUGCCAGCAAUCUGAAGCAACCAUGGUUGGUAUGAUAAUAGCUAAUGCACUUUUAGGCAUUCCCAGAAUCCUGUAUAAAUCUAAGAAAGGAAAUCAGAGCUUUCCACAAGUAUAUGUAAGAGCUCUCCAAGCACUGCAAACCAACCAACCCAUGGGAAGCAGUCAGACAGGUUUGGAAUCAGUAUCUGGUAAAUACCAGUUACUAACUUCAGUUCUUCAGUGUUUGGCAAAAAUUUUAGCCAUUGAUUUGGUAAUCAGUAUUAAGAGACAGCCUCAGGAAAUUUAUGAUCAAGAGUCAGAAGAAGAGCUAUGAAGUCGGAAAGUCUUUAUUAAAAAACAGUUAUAAUCCAACUCAAGCCAAAAAGCAAAGCAGGCAUAUGACUAUUGAUUCUCAAGUCAGUUCAGUCUAGGUAGGAAAACAGCAUGAUUUAAAAAGUCUUUCGAGGAAGUACACUAAGAGGCCAGCAGACAUUCAGACACAAAUAUUAGAUUGUUACGGAACAAUUCUGAGGAUAAAGCCUCCUGGCUGAGGGAAGCUAAGACCUGACUAAGUGUGUUCCUCCCCCCACACAGACACCUCUUAAUGUCCCUGUGUUUCAGCUCUGUGUCAGUCUGUGUGUUUAGGGGAGGGAGUUUCAUUAGAGCGCCUUUUCACUCUCCAUCUCUGUUCCCUCGCCUGUUUGUAUUUAGUUCAUAGAAUCAUUUAAUCUCAGAUUUGGAUGAGGUCUUCAAAUGCCAUCCUAUUUUAUUUUUUUAUUUAUUUUAUUUUAUUUUUUUAAAAAAUACAUUCCAUUGAUUUUCCAC